AUCCUGAAGACGUAGUUGGCUAACGUUAGUUCACUGGCUGGUUGUAUAAGUUUGCUAGCUAACUUAAUUGUUUCUGGUCACAGAAGAAGCAGACGUUGGGACAAAUCCCUGCGGAGACCAUGGCAGACGACUUUGAUGUUGAGGCUAUGCUAGAGGCUCCAUACAAAAAGGUGGGUAGCUAGAAUUGCCAGGCUUGUAGCUAUGUUUUUUUGCGCAUUCACUAUUUGCUGGUCUUGUAUCAUCUUGCUGCUCAGAGAUAUGUUGCUAUUAUUUAUGGUUAAAUGGUUGUUUGUGCCACUCAACGUUUGAAUGCGGUGUGUGAUGCAUUGACAUAAUCCAAACAGUCUGAAUAAAUGCCCAUCUCUCUCUCUUUGUAGACUUGCCUAACGAUAUCUCCCCUCUUCUCUCACCUUUUGAUUCGAGUGAGAACUGUGUGUUGGGGGGAGAGUGUAAGGUAGUAAUUUAGCAAUGUAUUGAUGUACUGUGAUCCCCUAGGACAAAAAGAGCUUCAUCUUAGAACAUCCUAUCUAUCACCUGUUUGGUUGCAACAAGGUGAAUGCAAAUGGAUGAUAAUCAGCACAUUUUACCCCACAUGCAAAGGAGACAAUAUUCAAAUUUUCUGUUGACAUGGUAGCUAAAGGCAUUUUCACAAUGUUUACACCUAAUGUUACAGUUGGAUUGACCCAUAGAAAUAUAAUUACUGUGGUACCAGUAGUUCUUGCACAUAUUCUAUUUAUAUAUGUGACCUUUUGUUAUGCAUCAGUGUCAAUCAAGUAAGUCUGACCUAAAAAUAGGAAUUACAUGCAUAAGUACCUAUUUUACCCUUACAUUUGGCUGUAGUAGAUUAGUCUUCUCUAUAGUAUAUCACUUAACAAAUCAGGCUUAAAUGAGUAGUCAUGAUUUUGCCAAGGUCAACAAAACAAGCUAUUGAUUAUUUUAAAAUAUGAAUACUGUCUCCCUGCCCAAGUCUAUUGUGAUGGUUUCUGAUUUUGUAAAUCAGCAUCUUGACUUUGCAUGCCUUUUAACACCAGUAAUAUUUUACGUUUAUUUUCUUACUACAAUUUAUUUGUAAGAUUUAUUUCAAGGUUUCAUUUCUAUUAUACAUUUAGUUAAUGAUUUCACCAGUAUGAGUAUGUUUCCCCUCAUAAAAUUCAAGCCAUUCAAAUACAAACAUCUCCAUUCAACUGGCACAAAAAAAAUUAUAGGACAUUUAACAUGAGGCUAAACGAUUAGAUUUUUUUCUUCAGUUUUACUUGGGAGUCCAUAUUACUAAGCAGUGUGAAUCCCUGUUUGCUUCAGGGCGAGAUGUGACAGAGGUGGCAUCGAACUCUUACAGUCCAAGAAGGAAAAUGGGUGAAGAUCACUGGACUGACAUCAACCACAGGAUCACUUUUAGCGGCUGUGGGCCAAGCAUGGUCUCAGUGGGCUUAGGAACAGAUAGUGGUACUGGUACGACAAAGGAGGGGUGGGGUUGAGAUGACCAAACUGUUCCCAUAACUUACUGUAUCAUGCCAAAAUAGUAUAUAUUUUUCCCAUAUACUUUGACUUUUGGUUGGAUUGAGUACUGUAUGAUAUGUAGUUAUAACAGCAGGGGGAGUAAUUGGAAUGGAACUCUACAGGGGCUGACCCCCUUACAUAUUAAUGUUAACAGUAUUUUUAACCUAAUGGUUAUGUUCUGUAUUUUCUUGUUCCCUCCCUCACCCCUGACGACUUGCAAUGUUUCCUCUACAUCCUCAUGAUGUUCUUCUAUCAACCCUGCUUAGGAUGAAAUAAAGUCCUCUAGUGCUAAUGGAAAUGAAGAGCGCAGUAGUAAGAAGAAAAAGAGGAGCCAUCGUAGGAGUAGUCGCAGCCUGAGCUCUGACAAGUGCUACAGCAAAGAUGGGAAGAAGAGUCUGGAGAAGAAACGCAGCCACAGUAAAGAACGCCGGCGCAGUGGUUCCCGUAGCAGGGAACAUGCUGGACGCUACAGAGGAUGCCGGGGCCCCUUGUCAAUCCCCUCCCUGUUUGUGACCGGGCUGAUGUGUUUCAAGUGAAGUAGAGUACAAAAAGUAGGCCCAAAUGAGGGAAGGAAAUUUGGAGCUGAGAUUUUGUGGUGUUCCGGGAGGGAAGUUGGAAACGCUCAAGAAGUUGUAGCCCCUUCAAGAAAGACAAGAGUCCAGUAAGGAAACCAAUUGACAACCUGACCCCAGAGGAGAGGGAUGCCCACACUGUUUUUUGUAUGCAGCUGGCAGCCAGAAUCAAACCACGGGACCUAGAGGACUUCUUCUCAGCUGUGGGGAAAGUGAGAGACGUGAGGAUGAUCUCUGACAGAAACUCCAGGAGGUCAAAGGGCAUUGCCUACAUUGAGUUUCUGGAUGUGAAUUCAGUCCCGCUGGCUAUUGGCUUAACUGGUCAGAGACUUCUAGGAGUGCCCAUCAUCGUACAGGCCCCUCAGGCUGAGAAGAACAGAGCUGCAGCAAUGGCCAACAACCUUCAGAAGGGUAAUGCUGGCCCUAUGCGGCUGUAUGUGGGCUCUCUACACUUCAACAUCACAGAGGACAUGCUGCGAGGUGUCUUCGAGCCUUUCGGAAGAAUUGAGAGCAUACAACUGAUGAAUGACAGUGAAACUGGACGAUCCAAAGGAUAUGGUUUCAUCGCAUUUGCAGAUGCAGAGUGCGCUAAGAAGGCCCUGGAGCAGCUGAAUGGCUUUGAGCUGGCCGGGCGGCCCAUGAAAGUUGGUCACGUGACGGAUCGCACAGACCCCUCCACCGCCAGUUCCUUCCUGGACAACGACGAGCUGGAGAGGACAGGCAUUGACCUGGGCACCACCGGGCGCCUGCAGCUCAUGGCCCGGCUGGCAGAGGGUACUGGUCUUCAGAUCCCCCCGGCUGCACAGCAGGCUCUACAGAUGAGUGGUUCCAUCCACUCGACUCCAAUCCACUUCAUCAACAUGGCAGCUGGUACAGACAUACAAGCCAGCCUGAACCCACCCCCUGAAGCUCCUGCCACCCUUUCACUGAAUCUGGCUCCAAGCAUGAACCAGGCCAUGACCCUCUCAACGCAGCCACUGGCUACGCACUGCCUACAGCUGUCCAACAUGUUCAACCCUCAGUUGGAAAAGGAACCUGGCUGGGAUGUCGAGAUUCAAGAUGACGUCAUUGAGGAGUGCAACAAACACGGUGGAAUUGUCCACAUAUACCUUGACAAGAACUGCCCUCAGGGCAACGUGUACAUGAAAUGCCCGACAAUCCCAACAGCAAUGGCUGCAGUGAAUGCGCUACAUGGGCGGUGGUUUGCUGGUAAAAUGAUCACUGCAGCGUACGUACCUUUUCCGACCUACCAUAACCUUUUUCCUGAUUCGGUAACUGCAGCCCAGUUAUUGAUGCCUGUGCGGCAAUGAUUCUGCCAUGCAUGGGGUAGAUGUCACAAUGCCUGUUGGCUUCAAGAAUGUACAUCAUUUUUGCCAAUAUUUUGGGAUCUUAUUGAACACAGUAGCAAAUCACUGUACCAAUCCACCCUAUCUUCAUCACGCAAUGUUUUCUUGUUCAGUCUGACAGCUAUUAGAGGCUAAGCUUGAGUUAUUCUGUAGUCACACAUUUCUGUAGUUGCAUUUGAGAAAAUUACGUUGUUUCAACCUGCAUUGUGAAAAUACUACCUUUUGGGGUUUUGGUGGGGGGAGGGGCACAUAGGGUACGGAGUUGUUUUACAGUGGGAAGUCUGCGUAUAUUUCUAUUGAAACCGACCCCAGAAGAACAACCCAUUUUUGGACAGCCCAACCAAAUUAACCUGUGACUCGAAUUGCAGUUUGCCGUAUGCUGUCAUCCCAUUAGGGCAUUUAUAUUGGACAUUUAGUCAUUCAGUUGUGCUUUAGAAAUGUUAAUUUGCCAUGUACGUUUUUGUCAGUUAAAGUGUUAAAUUAAAAAACGAUGCCAACAAA